CUGGUAGGAGUGGUAGGGUAAAAUAGUAAAAUGUCAUAAUUGACAUUUAACAUUUAAGUAAUUUUUACAUAGGGGUACUUUCACUUUAUUUUUAAAAGCUUUUAAAAUAUUUUAUUUUAUAAGUGGUUUAUUAACCAUGUCACUUUUUGCAAGGAACUUUUCAAGGAUAUUAAUUCAAACGGCUCAAAAUACUGCAGCUAGGAAUAUUCACAAUUCUGUUUCCAAUCCAAGUGCAGCUACUGGUCUUAAAGAACGCCCUGAUGCUAGAACUACCUGUACUUUGAUUCCUGGUGAUGGGGUGGGCCCUGAACUAGUUUAUUCAGUUCAAGAAGUCUUCAAGGCUGCAGGGAUACCAGUAGAUUUUGAGGCUUACUUUUUUUCAGAGGUAAAUCCUACCCUUAGCGCUCCAUUGGACGAUGUAGCUAAUUCCAUUACGAAAAAUAGAGUAUGCUUGAAGGGCAUUUUGGCAACCCCUGACUACAGUCAUACUGGUGAGCUACAGACAUUGAAUAUGAAAUUAAGAAAUGAAUUAGAUUUAUAUGCCAAUGUCGUACAUGUCAAAUCAUUGCCUGGGAUAAAAUGCAGGCACAGCAAUAUCGACUGCGUCAUCAUCCGUGAACAAACCGAAGGUGAAUACUCUGCUUUAGAGCAUGAAAGCGUUAAAGGUGUCGUUGAAUGCCUUAAGAUCGUUACUGCCAAGAAGUCACAACGAAUUGCCAAAUUUGCCUUCGAUUAUGCCACUAAAAACCAGAGGAAGAAAGUUACUGCGGUCCAUAAAGCCAAUAUCAUGAAGCUUGGUGACGGAUUGUUUUUAAGAAGUUGUGAGGAGAUGGCCAAGUUGUACCCAAAAAUAGAAUUUGAGAGAAUGAUCGUCGACAACUGCACUAUGCAAAUGGUGUCUAAUCCUCAACAGUUCGAUGUAAUGGUGACGCCUAACCUUUAUGGAAAUAUCGUCGAUAAUUUGGCUUCUGGCUUGGUAGGAGGUGCUGGAGUUGUGGCGGGUGCCUCUUACUCUGCCAAUUGUGUAGUAUUUGAACCGGGUGCACGUCACACCUAUUCAGAAGCAGUAGGUAAAAAUGUGGCUAAUCCGACAGCCAUGCUCUUGUGUGCUUCCAAGAUGCUGAGGCAUGUGAAUCUCCCGGUUUAUGGAGAUAUGAUAAGGAACGCCGUCGAAAAGGUGCUCAAGGAAGGAAAAGUGAGAACGAAAGAUGUCGGAGGACAAUCUAGUACACAAGAAUUUACGUAUGCGGUAAUCCAUAGCUUAGAUCUGCCAAAGCUGAGUUGAACAGACAGUAUGUAGUGAUCAUUUUGCCUGCUUACGUAUUAUUUUUAUUUAUUUAUUUGUGAAUAAUAUAUACGAUUUACUUUUGUUGUGAUACCUGCAUAGUGUUACUUAUAUUGUAGUGGUACUACUGUUAUUAAAACUAUUUGACGUAAA